GUUUGGGGAAAUACCAUAAACAAACUGUCUUUCCUGUCAACUUGAACGAGUGUUUCCUCUUUCGUUUCAGGUUAUUACGACCGUGAAACACAAAUUCAUCACCGUCUCUUGAGUAGCCACGUUUUUUUUGUCGUUUGAAGCUGCUGGACCUCAGUCACGGUGUGUGUAACCCGAAGGGGGACGUCUUUUUUCAAGGCUUGACAGAUAUAUUUUUUGCUAAUUGCAUUGACAGCAGCUGUACCGCUUUGAGAAGACAUCAUGUCUGAUUUAAUUCUGGUGCUCCUGUUGGUCGUGCUCCUGGUGUGUUUGGUUGUGACAGUGGGUGGCUUCCUGCUGUACUCGGGACUACUGUGUGACGUGAUUAUCAAGACUGGGCCACCUCCUGUGAGGAACAUUACCAUUGCUUAUAAGUUCAAAGAGGGAUCAUACAAGGACUGCGGUGGAGCCUACACAGAGAGCUGCAGCAUUGGGCCAAAGCUGAGCACCGUCGGGGUCUUUUACGAUGACCCCAAGCAGAGGCCUGCAGAGAAAUGUCGCUACGUGGUGGGCAGUGUCCUGUGUGAGGGCGAAGAGAAGCCAGACCAAGAGCUGCUGAAGAUGUAUGAGAAGUUUGGCUUCAAGGUGUUUUCUCUGCCCGAAGUGAGCCACGCUGUGACCACCACCUUCCCCUGCACCACGCCUCUGUCUCACGUGCUGGGACCAUACAGGGUCUACUCCAAGCUCGCCUCCUACAUCGAGGACAGGAAGCUGUGUGCAUUCCCAACUAUAGAGAUCUGUGGCUCAGAUGUCAUCAACUAUAUGGUCCCACUGUCUCGACAGACAGACUUCUUCGUUCCAGAGAUGAAGGAGGAGGUUAAAACAGACGUUAAAGAAGAGGACUCUGACGAGGACAGAGGAACUGACAUUACAGGUGCAGACUCCCACAGCGAUGUGAGUUCAGUGAGCGGCGGCGUGCCGUGGGACAGCAGAGAGACAUCCCUGGCUGCUUCCACAGCCGCCUCCCUGGCAUCUUCCCUGCCUCUGAGGGACGUAAUGGAUGCAAAUGAAGACACUAAGCACAGGGACAACAGCGAGAGAGGCUCGAACGAGUCUAUGGGCAGCGGCUCGUCCUUUGAAGAGCUUGACAUGGAUCAGGAGGAGCAGGAGGCGGGAGAGGAGAGGGGGGAGAAGGGAGAUGGAGAAGAGAGGGAAGAGAAGGGAGAUGGAGAAGAGGCGGAGGUCCCUGAGGGUGAAGACGGAGCUAGAGAAGCAGUUGAACUGAUGGCUGAGAAGAAGGAGCCCGUAGGGGACGGAGAGGAGUAGGGAGGAUGCCGAAGAGAUAAGAGAUGAGGCCAUGUAACACUGGCAUGCUAGAGAGUUUCUCAGUUGUUGCUGGUUAUCUGUCAUGUAAUCUUGUUGGUGGAUCUAAAGCUGUUCAUGCCAUGACCAACAUGCCGUAUUUCUGCGCCUUCUAAUUCUCUUUUUGAAGCCUGUACUUUUUGUUAAACUGUAAUCUCCUUUUUUAAAAUAUAAUUCCUGAUCCUAUAUUUAAACUCUGUCAGGAUAGAACAACAGACAGCCCCAUUUGCUUAUGUCUUCUUGAGCAAUUUUCUCUGCACAUGUGCAGCAAAUGAGAGGCACAGUUUGUUCAACUUUAUAUUUCAUUUCGAAGUGUAAUCCUUCGUGUAUACCCACCAUUCCUAUUCAGAUUAGAAAUGACACUUAAGUUAAAGAUUAACAUCAAAGGAAAGACACUGACGCCAGAUAUCCUGGAACAUCGUACAGCAUCUUUGCCCCCAUGUGUGACAGUUGAUAUUGUGCCCCACUUUCAAGGUCAUGUCCCGAGGAAUUUUUAUGUAACGUGUUGGUGUGCAUUAACCGACUUUGGUGUCUUGAUAUACAGUAGCAAUGGGGUGAAAAUGUGAAGAAGCUAAUGCUGUAGAAAUUCUGACGGACCUAUUCCAGUGUGUUUCUUUUCCAAUUUGGGGAAAGUGCUAAAACCUGAGGCAAAAAAAAACAACUUUCAUCAACACCAGUAAUGUAACAUCAGCGACGCCUCCCAGUCACAGAGACUAGGAUUUAAAAUGCAAUUCAAAGAUGUUAACUUUUCCCCUUGGAUACUGUACAGAACAUUUUAUUGUCACCCUGCGCUCAGAUAAUUGCUUUCUAAUGUAAUGUUCUCUUCUAUAGUUGGUUUGUCACACCAUUCCACAGUUCUGUUCGUAGCCAAAAAUUCACUCACUUCCAGAGACUAUUUGUGAUAUGCUCGUUGGUUGAAAUUGUUGGUGCUGUGAGACACUGGAAGUAAUGUAGAGCACAUCGCCAUGGUUGUGUCUUUCUGUCUGUAAUAAAGUUUUCAAAUGAA